AUCGCUGUGAUGCUCUUGCUUCUAGCCGCUACCGUGAUUGUUUGUUGUUGUUGCUUACUUGGCACCAAGUCCGAUGACAAGCCUGCAAUGUGCAAAGACGAGGAGGAACCGCUGCGGUUACACCCAACCCCACCCCCGUCACUUAUAGAACGUGAGUAGCUUCCUGAGAAGCAAGUAACAUUUACUGAACCUAAUCACUACUUGCUUAAUAAUCACACACCAACAAUGGAAAAAGAAACGACUCAGGUCUCUGAUUCGCCUCGCACGUCAUUGCAAUCCGGAAUGACCGCGUAUUUCACUGCACAGGAGAGCCUAAGCGACAACGAUGUCGGCGAGGAAAGUGAGGUCGAUCUGGAUGCUACACUUCGCGACAUUGGUGACGAAAAUUUCGACAUGCUUGAUGUGACAAGACCGCAGUCAUUUACAGAACGUUCAUCACCUCGAUUAUCAUCGUUCAGGCAAGGUGACCCUACUGUGCCGAAAGAUAGCCCACUUUAUGCACCGAUCUCACCAAAUCGUCUGGCGAGGCCAAUUCCUAUGCCGCUCGCAUUCUAG